AACAAGUUGAAAUCGUACAAUUCAGUUGGAUACAUCUGUCCGUUCAUCUUCUACAUGGGGGUGAACCUUGCCCAUUUUCACUCGGUUAUUAUUCAUUGGGGGGGUUUGAUCUAAUUUUUGUAGCCAUUUUUUUUUUUUUCGGUUUUCUUUCUGGAAUUCAGAAGAAAGAUGGAUGUGGAUAUGCAGAAUAUCAAGAAAUGGGUAAUCCUUUACCCAAUUUACAUAAACUCGAAGAAGACCCUAGCUGAGGGCCGCCGGAUUAAUGCCGGCAAAGCAUGUGAAAACCCUACCUGUACCGAGAUUUACGAUUGUUGCGUCCACCUUAAGCUGCCCUGUGUGAUCGAGGCUGAGAAGGCAUAUCCGCGGGAUUUUAUGCAAAGAGGGAGGGUUAGGGUUCUGUUGAAAAGGGAAGAUGGGAGCCUCUGCAAUCCGGUGAUUUCCUCGAGGAAACAGCUAAUGCUUCAUGUUGCAGAGUUGGUGCCUCGACAUCCAGGCCGAACCAAGAAGCAAGAGCCCGCCUCAUCCUCAGCAGCUGGUGGUUCAAAAUCUGGCAAGGGUGGAAAGAAGAAGAGAUAGUUUCGAUUUUUCCUUUAUUUUGUGAUGAUUGUCCCGUUUUUGGUUUGCUCAGGAAUUUAUGAUAUAGACUACCGAAAAACAAAAUUGUAUCCUGUCAAAAUAGGUUUUUGAAGUUUACUAACUCUUUACAUCCAGAGGUCAUGCAUUCUCAGUCGGCUUAUUAAGGAAAAAAAACACCAGAUGUAUGAAUCACCCUUUGGAAAUUGAAGAACUAUGACUGGUCGUUCGUUAUUUCAUUUUACGUGCUCCCUUCCUUGAGAUGAGCUUUAAAUUCUGUGUCAUAAUGGCAAGAUUGAAGAAAGAAAGUUUCUAAGCUGCCUGCUAAUGUUAAUGCUUGGAAUAGCCUUUUCAGUUUUAAGUACUUCGCCAGCAGAUUGACAAAAGCCAAAGUAUAAUUAAGCUUUCCGUGCAUUGAGGGUACAAAAUAUAAGCAACAUGUCCUAAGUAGGUUUUGCCUAUGGCAAAUGUUUGAGGUACUAAACCUCUCAAACAGUAACUCCUCCCCUUCGUUGAAUCAAUACCCAUGUUGUUGGUGAUCCAUUUGGUCUGACUUUAACAUGUGGAUACUAUUUGUAACAUAUUCUAUCCAUAACAGGUUUUGGUUCUAGUCUUGAAAGACAUUAAAAAGUAUGUAAC